AUGAAAUUAUUUAAAUUGGGAGAUAUUACCAGUGAUAUUCGUCAUAACCUUGCUACGAAUCCUUUAGUCAACAAUGAUAUUAAACAUUUAAAUAAAUUAAUUAAUACUGAACGAAGUGUCUGGAAUUCUCUUAAUAAUUGGGCCAAUGAUCAGGCUGAUUCUUCAAAAUGUUUAGCUGUUUGGGGAAGAAGUGAAGAUAUUGAUUUAUGUGAUGUAACAGAAAAAUUAGGAAUUUUAACAGCAAAGUUAGCAAAAUUGGGAACAAAUCUUGCUACUCAAUAUGGGAUAUAUCGUGCAGUUGAACAAAAAUUAAAAGAUUUACGAAAAGAAUUGGAAAUAGUGGAAAAAGACACUAUUGAAGAAGAAACUCAAUUAGCUGAUUUCAAGCGUAAAAAAUUAAAGAGUGCAUUGAUGAUUCAAUUUGAUGCAUGGUAUGAAUUUGGACAGAAAUUAGUCACUUUAACAAGUUCUGGUAAAGAAAUUGUGGACCAAAUCCCUAUUGAAGAUACAAAACCUGGUGAUCCAAGAGCUCCUUAUCAUGGUAAAGAAGAAACUGAGCAGAUUGUUAUUAAUGCUAUCAAAUCUGUGGAUGAAUGGGCACCUUCCAAAUCCCAAAAACUUCUUACAUAUCAACCAAUAUCCACAGAUUUCCAAACAUCAGAUUUACAAAAAGAUUUUCAAAUAACGCAUUCACAAACCAAUUCCCAAAUAUCAGAUUUACAAAUAUCGGAUUUACAAACAUCAGAUUUACAAAAAGAUUUCACAAAUUCCCAAUCAUUCGAUUUACAAUCAGACCCGAGAAUACAUUCACAAACAAAUUCCCAACCAGAUCCACGAAUACACUCACAACACUCACGAACAACUUCACAAACAUCCAAUUUACAACCAGAUCCACAAACAACAAAUAUACAGGCAGAUUCACAAUCACAAUUACAAAUACAACCAACUUAUUCAUCUAUUGACACUUUAUCUCCUCUUAUGGAUCCUAAACCUCCCCAAAAUACUCCCAUUAUUGAAAAUUCUGAAUUUAGUUUUGAACGAAGAAAUUUACCUUUACCUGUAUUACCAGAAUUACCCACAGAUAAAUUUUCAAAUUAUUUUGAAGAUUCAACUGAUUCAACUGAUAUUAAUAAUAAUAAUGAUGAUGUUUUAAAUCAAUCUACUACAGAAAGCUAUCAAAAUACUACUCAAUCAACAUCAUCAUCUUCUCCAGGUGGUCAGGCAAAAGAAUCAAUAAUUUUUAAUGAAACUAUAACAUCAAAACCAUCACCUGUUCGUAUAUUAAAUCAAACUGAUAUUGUUUCACCUUUAUCAACAGUAGGUACCUCUUUAGAAAUACAAAUUGUUUCUCCACCUGAUCAACAAAAACAUGUACAUUUCAAUGAUGUUGAGGAUGAAAUUCCAUAA